CUGUGGAAACAGACAGAGUGUUUGACCUAGGUAACUUAGAUAAGAUUGCCUGUUGUAUUCGCCAUAAGUAUAUAUCGCCUGCCGCCUGCCGCCAUGUUUGUGUGUGUACUUGUUCUCGGUCUUCUGGUCUCAACCCUGCAACAAAGCCAGUCAGCCGCUGUGUGCGAGCUGGCCAAGGACGUGGGGCCAUGCGACGGGCUCGUGAUGCGGUACUACUACAACACCAGCUCAAAGCAGUGUGAGAACUUCUACUACGGCGGUUGCCAGGGCAACUCGAAUAACUUCAAGACACUGAUGGAAUGUGUUAUCAUGUGUCAGCCAGUGUGAAAGUGAAAUUCUGAAUUGUGUGUUUCAAAUAAAUUCUCAAGUAUCACAAUUCUA